AUGGCCACUGACAGGUGCCUCUCGGCCGAUCCCAUUCAAGCUGAGACCGUGUCUGCACCACGUGCCGGCUUCUCUGAGUCUUAUCUACGGCGGAGCGCUAGCGAAGACCUCCAGAACCUCAGGCUUAAACGGCAUAAGCGAAACGAUGAGACGUCUAGAAGCCAGUCAUUUUACUUUGUCGACUCGAAUUCGUCGUCCCGCGAGAAGCGUGCCCAUGUCAUGCGACACCAUGUCCAAGAGAAGCGAAAACAACAACGGCACUCGCACUCCCGGCAUGGCAGCGAGCGCAAGGUGAACGGGAUGUUUCCAUAUCUGCCCUGGGAGCAGAGGCAGGCGGAGUUGCCAGAGACGGCAGAUGGCCAACCCCUCGAUCUCGUACCUUCUCGCCGUCGGGUGUCCACUCCCUUAUUGAGCUCACCCGACGCCAAAAGCACAACAAGCACCGCAAGAUCGAAGUCCGACGCAUCGGAUAGCGCUUACGUGCCAUCACCCGCCACCAUACUGGACGCCUCGAGAAAAGACCCUUUCGAAAGCCUUCCGAUAACCUCACCCGCUGAUAUGGAGCUUGCAGACUACUGGACGAAUAAACUGACAUACUGGUCGGGUCAGAAUAAAUACCUCAAGGAGUGCGCCUUUAAAACAGCAAUGAACCACCCGUUAACAUUUCAAGCGGCCAUCCUAUCAUAUUGCGCCCGGUGGAAGGCUGAAUUAUACGGCCAUAGCAACAGCAGGGAAAUUGAAUAUCAUUUAUCCAACGCCGCAAAAGGCGUCGAGGACGCUGUGAGCGGCCGCAUCAAAAUCGACGGAGACAGUCUAGCAAUGGCACUUGCCGGCCAAGCCCUCCACGAAGACAGGUUUGGAAGCAAAGAGAAAGCUCGGGGCCACGAAGAGCAUGCAAUACAGAUUCUGCGCACGCGCCCUCGCACUAGCGGGCUUGCCGAAGUCUUUCUCCAUUACACCAGAUAUGUCAUGAUGCCUCGUCCCCGGCAAACUCCAGCCCGCUGGGAAGACGGCCAAGAAUGGCUCGUAACAUUCCUCCGCGCAGCAGAGGGCUUGAUGCGAUCGCAUAAUGAUGAAAAAUAUCUCGCCUCCGUUCCGCAACGCCGCACGGCUUUCAAAAUGGAAAGCCCUCUCUUCUCUCUACUCUCCAGCGGGCCCCGCCCCUCCCGCGUCCCCGAAGACUGCCGCGUGUACGUUGUUCGCAACGUGCCAACACAAGAAAUCACCCGCACCGCCGCUCUAAUAUACAUCACCGCCGCGCUUUGGGAUUACCAAGACUCCCCUAGUAAGACCGCGCGCUUUCUCGUUUACCUAAAUAAUCUCGUCAAGAGGCACGAGCUGGACCGAUAUCCGGCGUGCGAGAGCUUUAUAUGGCACCUCCUGGAGGAAAACUGCGACAUAGACCUGAAAGACCCGGAACGCGGGUGGUCAACGGGUGAGCUACUGAAGAUCCAUAAGGGGCUGCGGCCGGAUCUGCGGUUCCAGUACAAUGAAACGCUGUUUAGUUUUCUGAUGCUGGCCGAGCCGCUUCGUGGUGUUGACUCCUUUGAAGCCGAGAUAUUUUCAACGUCCCGGGUAACAGAGGUCGACGUUUGA